UCAUAUGUGUAAAGUACCUAGGAUAUCCCAAAAAAUGUCAGAGUGACUUAUGUAUUUCCAUUGGAGUCCUUUUAUAUUUACACUUAUAUUUACUUUUAUGCUUACAUUUUUAUAUUUACACUUACCUUGGGGGAGAUGUUAGUUUAAUUAGUUAGCUUGAUGGAGGAGAUGCUGGCAGAGGUUUAGGGUAGUGGAAGAUAGCAGGCGGGCACAUGUUCAGCAGAUAAACACACAUCUAACAACAUUGGAGAGUUACUUUCGUGUCUUUUUCUAUCGCUUACUCGCUUAACUUACUUGCUACACUGUUAAUUCUACGCUUUAUUGCUGACUGGCACUAUAGCCUUUAUCGAUACCUGCUGCUUUAGUAUUGUACAUAUCGUAAAAUCACUGAAUCACUGCAGAAGGCACAUUCUCCCCUCUCUCUUCCUUCUCCACUUUGGUACUUUGCUACAAGUUUUUUCUUGAAUUUUAUUGUGUUUCUUUCCUUCUUUAUCACAGGGCUGGCACUAGGAACUUUCUUUGGGCCCAUGGUGGCUUAUUUAGCAGUUACAAGCACUAAAAACAAUGGAAUAAUACAAAAUAUAUCGCAUGUACGCAUGGAAUCGACCGCAGCGGCUUGUAAACAGUGGCACACUGGCUAUACAUGAAGUCUUGGAGUGGCUGGGCCCGCUCAGGGCACAUGGACACAUUCAGGACGAAAGCCUUUAGAUGAGUUUUUCGGCGUUGGUAGAGCCAAUAUUUUGACGCCAAAGAGAGCUGUUAGUCAAUUUUGGCAUUAGACGAUGCCACCAUUAGUUGAGGGUCCACUGUACUGGUCAGAGAGCCUGUCGUAAGUCUGAAGUGUUGGUAAACGAGUAUGUCGCUAAGUGAGGAGAGGCUGUAUUUUCAUAUCCUUGUUAUGUUGUAUAUGUUAUGUCAUAUAUUAGUGUUCUUGAAGGCUGCAAAUGAUAAGCAUUUAAAAUGCAUUAAUUCAUGUAUCAGAUAUUCUCAUUUUUAGGCAUUAACUCCAUCAAAGCUCACCAAGGAAACCCACACUCCCACAAAGCCACGAGAAUCACUGAAUUCUAACAGUGACAGAUUAUCAACAAAAUCAGGAGACAAAUCACAAAGACAGUCAAGCUAUACCAGAGAUACUGCAGUUGGUCUAGUUCAUGAUGUUCAAAAAAUGGCCCAGAAACUUCCUUCUUUGUACUCUCAGUCAGUUGAACCACUUGUGGCCCACCUUCCAGCUGAUAAAUUGUCUCUUAUAGAUGCUGAACUUAAUGAACAAAGCAUUAAAAUGUCAAAACAUGUAAGUGGACUUAGUGAAGUAAUAAUCCAGGAUCUGAUUGGAGCAACAAGCAUGUCACUACGUCAAGUGGCAGAUACACCUCGUCUCUAUCGACGUACAAACCGUGCUCCUCCCACAUCACACCAGCCAUAUAUUGCAGCUGCAACAUCAGUACUAUCAGCAUUUUCUAAUGAUAAUUCUGGAAAAGUGGACUGUGAUCUGAUAGUUCAUUGGAUAACAAGGGUGUGCACUGACGUAUCUGAACAAUAUAGAAAAUUGACAUAUGAUGUUUUAAGUUCUGUUCAUAAGAUGGAAGAAAGUCUUAAGAGACUGAAGCGUGCAAGGGACAGGGGAGCUCAAGGUGGUGCUGAAGUUAGUGGUGGUCUUUCUGAUGAUGACAAGAUUCGCAUUCAGAUCUGUCUAGAUGUGGAAUACUUUGGAAGUCAGAUGAAGACCCUCUCAGUUGACAUGAAUGCAAUUGAAUCAUUCAUUGGUCUUCUUACAAUGGCUCAGAAUGCUCGGGAUGGAAAAUUUAUACCAUAAAAUGUAUGUUUACUGUAAUGUGAAGAGUUUGGCUGUCUUCAAGAUGAAUGGGUUGUAAACCAAAUUUUUUGUGUAUUGAAUAACUAGGUGUUUAAUUAUACUCGCUAAUUAUUAUUAUUAUAAUCAAAAAGAUAUACUUGCUAAUAAAAUAAUUUAUAUUGGAAAAUUAUGCAAAAGUAAAUUAGUACAGUAUAAUA